AACAGGUGGCUUGGCGAACUUUCAAGUCGUCGGCGUCGACGUCGUCGUGGCUCGUCGAUGGAUCGAUCUCGCCUGGUGCGAUCGUCGCCGGAAGAAAGCACGACAAUGGCGGAGAUCGAGGCCGGAACCGGCGAUUCGACCCGGCAGACGUCGCGGAGCGACGGCGAGGAAGAGAAGAACGGUGCCGAUCCGGAGUUGUUCAGCUGCCUGCUCCAACCUCUAAGCGCCGAUGGCGAUCCCAACUACGCCGGCGUCCGCCGCCUUCUCCUCCACCGCAAAGCGCUCUCCGGUUGUCUCCGCCGAAGAGACUGGAGAUGCAACGGGAAAGGUUACGCCGCGUACCGGAAUUACAUCCGGAGGCCGAGGAACUGGGAGAAUUUGCAGACGCCGAGCCUGAGCACUCCUGGGAACAGCGGGCAGUGGGUGUCUUCUCCGAAUCCGCUGUCCCUCGUGUAUGAAGGGGAGAGCUGGAGCUCGAGCAGGGAUCUGCGGAGUGGCAAUCUAGCGUCUAGUCACAGAACAAGUUUCAGCUCCAGUGUGAGCGAUAGUGAUCGGCCACGUCGUCAGGGGGCUGAACCUGCAUACUCGUUCGUGGGAAUGCAUUGCAUCUUUGAUCAAAGCAGAGCUUCUGUGACCGUUCUGAAGUUUGGGCAUGCAAGUUCCAAUCUGCUUGCAUAUGGGGCAGCCGAUGGAACCUUGACAGUAUGCACUGUCUCGGAGCCACCUUCAGUUAUUAAGCAAUUGGCUGGGCAUUCGAAAGAAGUCACAGACUUUGAUUUCUCCUCCAAUAAUCAGUACAUCGCAUCAUCUUCAAUUGAUAAAACAGUGAGAGUGUGGGAGAUAUCCAAAGGAAUUUGCAUAAGAGUGAUAUAUGGAGUAUCGUCACAGUUGUGCAUCCAGUUUCACCCUGUAAAUAACAACUUCCUUUCAGUUGGCAAUGCAAACAAAGAGAUAACUGUGUUCAAUUUUAGCACUGGGAGAAUAAUAAGUAAGACAGCAUUUGAUAGUGAAGUCACGUCUAUGGACCACGAUCAUACUGGUCAGCUGAUAUUCUGUGGGGAUGCUCAAGGAUCUGUAUACUCUGUCAGCAUGAACUCCCACACGGGGGCACUGUCACGCAGUCAUCGUGAUAGAACUAGCAGCAAACGCAGGUCUCCUGUAACUACUGUGCAAUAUCGGAGUUUCUCUUUGCUAGCCCACGGUCCUGUGUUACUGACUUGUACCCAAGACGGAAGUUUGUCUUUCUACAGUGUAGCUUUGGAAAUACAAGGUUAUCUGACCCUUCGUUGCUCACUCAAAUUAAGUCCACGAGUGCAUACUAUCAGGGUUUCAUUCUGCCCUCUUCUUUCUCUUGAGAAAGGGGAAUUUAUAGUUGCUGGAAGCGAGGAUUCAAACGUCUACUUUUAUGACCUGACUCGGCCAAGGCAUACCUGUGUAAACAAGCUACAGGGUCAUCGGUUCCCAGUCGUAAGUGUUGCUUGGAACCAUGGUGAAAACUUAUUGGCAUCAUCUGAUUUGUAUGGCACAGUUAUUGUGUGGAAGAGAGCAAAAACAAGCUAAGACAUUUGUACACACGACGGGUAUGAAGCACGAGAACAUCUAAAGCUUAUGCCCAAGGAGACAGGAGACCAGGUUUGAGGUAUUCAACGAUGUUGUUGAACAAAAGGCCACUUCUUGCAGAGUGCUUUAAAGUGGACGGUGUCAAUGGGAGCUGAUUGAUCAUACCUCUGUCUCUCUCUGUCUCUCGCUCUCUUUUUCUCUCCAUUCUCGAGAGAAAGAUUAUGUGCUUUUUUGUUUUAAGGGGAAUUGAAGAACUCGGUGCUGUAACAUUUUCCUUUCCCCAAUUGACAUUUUACAAAGGCAAGUGAAAAGGAAUUUUUGGGAGCAAA